CAACUCACAUUGAAGACCAGUGUCGGCUAACGUGGAUUUCCUGUCCAUAUACACCGAUGGGUUGUAAGGAAAAGGUCCAACGCCAGGAAGUGGAGUCUCAUCUCGAAUCAGCCACAAGAGUCCAUCUUGAUUUCGCUUGUGUUAAGCUAAAUAACACAGAAAAAGAAUUGAAUGAAGCAAAGAACAAAUUGAAGAAGAUAGAGGAUAAGUUCGACAACGCAGUGGCUUUGUUAAAUGAGACAGUGGCUGCUUUGAAAAAUGCCAUGGGACUGCUACAGCUGUCAAACGUAAAACAUACAAACGUGUUUCUUUGGAGGAUCGACGGUUUCUGUGAAAUUUUGAAAAAGGCAAAGAACGAGGGCAAAGAGAAGAUAUACAGUGAUCCGUCGUACACCAAAACUGAAACAGAUGGUUUUGGGUACAAAUUAAAAGUGCUCAUUUGCCCUAAUGGAAUUGGAGAUGCAAAGAAUAUUCACCUGUCGGUGUUCAUUAUUAUAAUGAAAGGUGAAUAUGACGCAAUAUUACCUUGGCAUUUCAAUAAGGAAGUGAAGUUCACAUUGAUUGAUCAACAGGAUAAGCCAGGCAAAAGAGAUGACAAAACUGCGGAGCUCAUAGGACAGAAUAUCCCGAGCUUUACUAGGCCUACAACAGAAGAAAACAUAGGAAUAGGUUUUAAGUGUUUCAUAUCUCAUGAGGAACUUAAAUCGCAGCACUACAUUGUGGAUGACACUUUGUUUCUACAGGUCGAGAUUAGGUCGCCAUCUAAUUGAUUCCGUGCUCUAGCCUUAGAGGCAAAAAAGAAUUACUAAGCUAGAUUCUCAAGUUGAUUUUGAUAAAGGUUCAGUGUUUCAGAGAAAUUCUGAAACAGGCAAAGAAGGAGGAAAAAGAGAGAAUAAACAAUGAUCCAUUCUACACCAAAACUGAAACAGAUGGUUUUGGCUACAAAUUAAAAGUACUAAUUUCCAUUCAUUGUGGAUGACACUUUGUUUCUUCAGGUUGAGAUUAGUUCGCAAUCGAGUUAAUU